GCUCUCUUUAGUAAAAUGGCUCCGAAACCGAAACCUACGGAGAAAGCAGGCAAGCCUGUGGAGAAGAAAAUGGAAAAGAAAGCUGAGAAAAAGCCAGCUGCAGCGUCUACUUCCAAAGUCACAAAGCCUGCAGCAAAGCCUAUAGCUGCAAAGAAACCAGCAGCUGCCAAACCAGCGACUGCUGCUAAAUCAACAGCAAAGCCAGCAUCUAAACCUGUGCUUAAACUUGCCAGUAAACCAUUGAUCAGCAAGCCCAAAAAAAUACAGGCUAUCAAGAAAAUACCAAAGGGUGGGAAAUCAACAAUUCCACUUCAGAAAGCUCUUAAGGCACAGAAAAAGAUUUUGAAAGGAGUUCAUGGAUCCAGAGUACGGAAGAUCAGAACAUCUGUUCACUUUCAUAGACCGAAAACUUUCAGGCCACCAAGGAAUCCUAAAUAUCCACGUAAAUCUGUUCCAAACAGAAAUCGCAUGGACGCGUUUAACAUCAUAAAAUUCCCGUUGACGACGGAAGCGGCGAUGAAGAAGAUCGAGGAUAACAAUACUUUGGUUUUCAUCGUGCACACUCGCGCCAAUAAAUAUCAUAUUAAGGCAUCAAUCAAGAAGCUUUAUGAUGUCGAUGUAGCAAAGGUGAAUACUUUGAUUAGGCCGGAUGGUAAAAAGAAGGCGUACGUGCGUCUGACGCGCGAUUAUGAUGCGCUCGAUGUCGCCAACAAAAUUGGUAUCAUAUAAUUCUUUAUAUUAUCUUUUUUGUUUAAAAAUAAAAAUUUUGUCUGAUAAUAAAAAAAAGAUUAAUAUGGACAAA